UAAGAAACUUUCAUGCAAUGAACGGUCAGAUUCCCGUCGUGAAAAAGGGCUAUUAGUUCAGUAUAAAAUUCAGUUCGUCACAUGCAUAUCAAAGAUCACCAUUAACUCCAAAAUCUAGAAAUAGAUCUCCUAGCUUCUCUACUAGUUUUCGCACCUUGCCAGCGGGUUAGCUCAAGCUUCAAUAUUCUAUCACCUGGCAAUGGCCAAACCGAAAAACUCCAAAACAACCAAGGAAGUCCAACAGAAUCAAAACUACCAUCCCCUGAAAACAGAAAAACCACCUUCAUGGUUAGUUGUAAGAGGCCUUUUUAGCUGCAAGCAUCUCCAAGCACAGCAGCAGCAGCCAGAACAAAAGCAACCACAGCAACAAAAGCAAGAUCAGCUGCAGCAACCGAAGAAGGAGAAAAAACAAAACCAACGUCAAGACCGGUCAGCGGAGGAAACAAGCAAGAAAUGCAAGAAAAUGAGGUGUUCAGGCUCAAUAUGCAACAACACAAAGGUCAUGCACAGGCCUGAAACAACCUCCCCUGAAGUCCAAAGGAAAGGGGCUUCAACGGGCUCAGCUGGUAAAAAUGACACUUCAAGUAGACCCAUGAAAGCUCCUUUACAUGAACUCAAUGGGGUUGUUUCCUCUACCAAUUCUUCACUUUCUGCAUCUUCUAAUUUCAGAGGAAUGUCAUUUAGUAGAUUCUCUGGUUGCUCUGAAUGUAGAAUGGUAGUGGAUCCUGUUUUUGGAAUAGCCAGAGACCAUUCGUUGUGGGGUAGCAUUUGUUCUUGCCCUGAAUGUGGUGAGAUUUUCACGAAAGCUGAAAGUCUAGAGCUUCAUCAGGCUGUUAGACAUGCAGUAUCUGAACUGAGUCCGGAGGAUACAAGCAAGAACAUAGUAGAAAUCAUAUUCCACUCAAGCUGGCUAAAGAAACAGGCUCCCAUUUGCAAAAUAGAUCGCAUCCUCAAAGUCCAUAAUACCCAGAGAACCAUCUCUAAGUUUGAAGAGUACAGAGACUCCAUCAAAGCCAAGGCCACCAAGCUUCCCAAGAAACAGCCACGUUGCAUAGCAGACGGCAAUGAGCUCCUCAGGUUUCACUGCACCACCUUUGCGUGCUCAGUAGGCCUCAAUGGAUCAUCUAGUUUGUGCAUUUCAGUUCCAAACUGUAAGGUAUGUAGCAUCAUCAAGAAUGGCUUCAAAGAUCCCACCGGUGGAGAUGAUAAUGGACAUGGGAUUUUGACAACAGCGACAAGUGGAAAGGCACAUGACAAAGCCACAACAUUAGAGGAUGGGAAUGGUGAUAGCGAAAAGAGGGCAAUGCUGGGUUGCAGGGUGAUUGCUGGCAGGGUUAAGAAGAGCAUGGAGGGAAAUAUUGAGGAUUAUGACUCAGUAGCAGCUGGCAUGGAGGUUUACUCUAAUCUGGACGAGUUGUAUGUGUUUAACCCCAGGGCAAUUUUGCCUUGUUUUGUUGUUAUCUAUAGAGGGUUUUAAUAUGGCAUAACCCGUAACUAGUAGCAUCUUGUAUUGAAUUAAUUAGGGUAGUAUUUUCUGUUCUGUUCAGUUGGUUAUGUCCAUGAAACUCGAUAAUGAUAUUUCCUUUUUUAUGGGAUUUUGGCAUUUUGCAACGCAC